AGUGUCAGAGAGAGUUUGUGCAGAGUCACCGACAUGACCGAGACCGCAGCCGCUGAAGCGGCUCCUCAAGCCGUCCCCGCCGCCCAAACCAAGGCUCCCAAGAAGAAGAAAGCGCCCGCCCGGAAGAAGGCAGCCGGUCCGAAGCUGAGCGACCAGAUCGACAACAUUGUGGCGGAUUGCCACGAUCGCCGAGGGAUGUCUUUCUAUGCGAUAAAGAAGGGACUGGCCGCCAAGGGUGUGGAUGUGGAGAAGUGCCGCCACCUGAUCAAGGCGGGCAUCAAGAGGAAAUUAGUAAACGGUUCCCUGGUUCAGAUCAAGGGCGUGGGCGCCUCGGGUUCUUUCAAGACCGGUCAGGGAGAAGGUGCUGUGAAGUCGGCAAAGAAAACGGUUCCAGCAGCCAAAACCUCCAAGAACAAGAAAUCAACGUCCAGGAAAACCCCGACCAAGAAAUUACUGGCAAAAAAAUAUACCACCAAAAGAUCAUCGAGAUCUCCCUACAAGAAAGUUGUGGCCAAGAAACCAGCGCUUAAACAAAUGGCGGCGAAGAAAUCAUCGCCCAAGAAGGCGGCGCCGAAAAAACAAAAAAAGGCCGUAGUCAAAAAGGCGAAGGCGGCCAAGAAGCCGGUAAAAGGCCAGGCGAAGACCAAAUCGGCGAAACCCAAGAAGGCAGUGACCAAAAAGUGAAUUAUAAAGCGCACAUUGUAAAGACCUGAACCCAACGGCUCUUCUCAGAGCCACCCACAUCUCUCAGGAAAGAGCUGAUCCAGACCCAAGCGAUCCCUGUCCCAAGACAAGCUCAGUGCCAGUGGGGACUCGUUUAAAUUACCGGGGGUUCCUU